CCUCAUGUUUUGUUUGGCAACAACACACGAUCGUUCCAACCACUGCUGAUAACUUCACAUCGUUAUAUUUUGUCAAGGGAAACAGAAGACCUCUCUCUCGUUCUCUUUUUAACUGCGCACCGUCUGGACAGCGACAGACAUGGUGGUCGGAUCCCGCUUUCCGGUAAUCCUGUGCCUGGCCCUGGCCGCCGUGCUGGGCUCGGUACUCGGGUUCGGCGAGGACAUCGAUCGGCCUCUCAUCGGGUCUCCGGGCUCUCCUAUCCGGCUGCAGGAGUCCGACCCCGGCCUCAAAAAGGCUCUGGAGUUCGCGGAGGAGCGCUACAACCGGGGCUCCAAUGCAAUGCUCCUGCGCAAAACCAGCCGGCUGCUCUCGGCCACCAAGCAGCUGGUUAAGGGAAUCCUCUAUUCAAUAACAGUGGAACUGAGUAACACCCAGUGCAAGAAAUCCACCGGGCUCAGGACAUGUGACUUCUAUCCCGAGUUGCACAAACUCAAGACGGAGGUGUGUGUGUUCGAGGUGUGGGACAUUCCCUGGCAGGAGGCUUCAACUCAGUUCAAACAGAAGUGCAAGCCUAAAGUUGAAACUCAACCAAAAGAAACCAACGAGGUCGUGGAGGCGUCCGCCAGCCAGCCUCUGCAGGAGUCUGUGGAGCUGUUGGGCCAGUUCAAAGAGUUCAUGGUGACGUACAACAAGGUGUACAGCAGCCAGGAGGGUGAGUCACUGACACCACGUAUUGUUCAGACCAAAAACAAAAAAUGUUAACACCGUGAACCCCGU